AUGGGGAUCCAGAACUCCUCUCCAGGCAGCAUGAUUUGUGCCGACGUGGACGUUGAAAUCACCAAGGACAAUCAACUUAACCGCCUUUGGCGCAGUCGCCAGGUGGGCGUGCAGGUCCUAGUAGAAUUUGUCCCUUGCCUCGUCAGGGCUGACCAUCGUCGGGGAGGGGGACGUAGACGCUGACGAUGGUGGCAAAUUUGCCUCCCUGGAGAGGCAGGCGGAGGCUCAUCAGGUGAUCGUUGAUGUCCUGCGACAGACAGGGCAGUCGUCCCACGAUGGCAUUACGGAUGGCCAAGGCGACGCUCGCGUCCCGUGGCUCUGCCCCGGGACGAUCGCUCCAGAAGAAGGUGGGACCGCACCCACCGCCUCCAAUUGGCCUUGUUCGUAGAACCGGGCCUUUUUGAGUGCAGGAUGUCCACCUUGUAGCGCGCCAAUUCCCGCGCUAUUAGCGCCGUCGUCCGUUCCGUUCGGUCACUCCUCAGAUUGUCUAAAAGGGAACGCACACUCCAGGCUGCCAUGAUGAGCUGAUUUACCCUACCAGUCUGACAAGUAGCGCGGCGGGGAGGGGGAGUGGGAGGAGAGUGAGUGUUAUUUCGGAUUUGGUUGCUUCAAACGUGAAUUUUUCGUCUGCCGGCCACGGUCAGCGUGCAGACGGCGUGGAUACCCAGCAUCUGUUUAGGGCAUCUUCUCAAGCCCCUUCGCCAUCACGGGGGUGAGUAGUGCUAUCCCUAUAUACGGCUGCUUAGUCCCUCCAGAGAGUGUCUUGAUUUACUUUUAGGAAGGUGGAAAUUAUUAGAAAUAAAGCCACAAAUCUGGACAGCAUUUUCCGUAAUUCUGUCGGCGUGUAGCGAGAGAACAAGAUAAUUGGAGUGGCUCAAACCUCAGUUCCUGAUCGUAGAACAUUCAGUCUGAAUCUUCGUUCUGAAUUUUUCACGCAGAGGGAAGUGGAGAAAUGGAGCGAUCUCCCUCAGUCAGUCGUGGAGGCGACGUCUCGGCAACUCUUUAAGAAACGCUUGGAUGAUUAUUUGUGUCCCCUGUUUUCCCUUGACAGUCUGAAUCUCAAAUAAAUACCCAACGAGCCCGCAAAUAUUUACUCUUAGACAAUGUUACUCAAAUGAAUCAAGUACUGUUUCAAUAGAGAAUGACUUCAUUGUUCGUGCACAGUUAUUUCUAACGAGCUGACAUGCAAUCAGUGGGAUUUUCAAAGGCAUUGCCCAUUAUCCUUACUAAAUAAACUGUAGCAUUCAGUCACAGGUGUGCCUUGAAAGGCCACUGGUUUUGAUAGUCUAUCAAAUCCAAAACACAUGUAAAGCGUUUCGGUGGGGAGAAUUCCAUCAGCUAUUUUGAGUUCCACGUCGGCAGUGCAAGCAGGUCAGCAUGGAUUUGCUGGUACCAAUGUUGGGACAAUGAUUUAGUGACUGAAUAUACGCAUUGCAUGUCAUCAGCCUAAAUAAAAGACUAAUAAUUUUCAACUUCCGAUGAGAUAUCAUUGAUGUAAAGUAGAAACAAUAGAGGGCCUAAAAUGCUCCAUGGUAGGACAUAGCUUACGAUGGGAAUCUCAUUGGGAAAUGGAGUCCCACGAAAACCUCUUUAUUACGACAAAGAAUGUAUGAUAUAAUAAAGUCACUAAGGCGACUGCGAAGUCCUAGGGCUUCUAAUUUAACUAAAAGUCUUCUAUAUGGCGCUUUACCAAAGGCCCUACUAAAAUCGAAAUAAAUAACGACCACACUAGGGACAAUUUCUUCAGCCGACAGCGAGCAGCAGUUCUUCAAUGCUUCCGUUUGGUCCAGUCCCAAUUUCAUGAAAAGGAAUGCAGAUUGAAAAUAUCCGAUACAGUGACAACUGGACUACUGUCACUUCACGGGCAGCAGUUUUUUUUUAUUAAUCAGCCAAACUAUACGAAAACACCAUCCUCUGUAUUUGCUCCUCGGGCGUUUUUCACUGUUGACCCGAUCCAUGCUUUAUCUUUCCUUGACGGUGCCUGUAAACUGGCAUUAAAUACAAUCAACGCUAUUAUUGCAAUUAUUAUUAUUUGUAUCAACUGAUCAUACGCAGAUGAGUAUGUAGAUUGAUAAACGACACAUAAAUAAAAUGAAAAAAAUGCAUUUAAGACCCAUCGGGGUCCCUGCCUGGCAAGUGAAAGUGAAUUUUCAUAUGAAUUUUGGAGGAGGCAGACAGGAUCUGCACAAUAUGCGAUAGAUAGUUAGAGAGUAAGUAGUCUGUUAAGAAAAAUGAUGAGCGAGCAGUGAAAAAACUCCAUUUUAGAAUAAAAUAAGGCACGUUUCAGAAGAGCAAUCGCGUAAAAAGCCAUGUUGGAAAGAGUCAGUAAUGUGCUUGAAUGUGCAGAAGUCAGGAAUUUUGAUGGCAAUAACAUUUUCAAAGAUUUUGGCAGGAGAGGGUGUUUUAUGGACACCUCGAUAGUGCUGAACAUCAGAACGGCAGCCAGACUUAAAUACUGGAAUAAUAAUAGAAGUUUUCCAAUAGUCAGGAAAGAAGCCAUUUACGAUAAAUCCUGAAAAGAGUUGGCUUAGCAGAGGAGAAAAGUCUCUUAUUUGUUUAAUAAGAAAGUUCGGUGAUGUGAGAGUAAACAAGCUGGUUUAUUAGCUACCGAAGAGUUGCAGGGGCGAAAUUAAUGGUGGUGGGGAGCAUCAGAUGACAGAGGAAAUGGAGGGAUGAGGGCAGUUAACGUGGUAAAAUGAUGGGCAAGGAAUGAAUUGAACUGUUCUGCUUCCCCUGACCCCUCUAUCCUUCUGAAGUUUGGGUAGAGAUUGUCCCAAGCGGUAAAGGAUUUUAUCUAGUCUCGUUGAUGAAACUGCCAGCGUUUGACGAGAAGAUCAGAAUCAGCAAGCAAGUCAAGACAGGCACAGCGGACGGCGGCAACUACGAGAACCUAGGUAAAGAGAUGUCGGCGUCCGCUGCCGAGCAUGUUUCAACUACCAGGCCCAUUGCUUUGCUCUUAGCUUUCAUGCCGUUGUCUCUAUAACAGAUGACAUCAACGUAUCCACAAAAUAUGAACUUCGUGACGGGGAGACUUUAAUUCCCUUUCCGAACAUACUUCCGCACACACGUCUAUCACCAAAACAGGCAGUGGCGCUUUACAUCGACAUGACAAUUCGUGCCAGUUAGAAAAGCCCUUUGCACCUAAUCUUGAGUGCUCUGCCACCGAGCAUAUGAGAGUCCGAUCUAUCGCAAGCGUUAUGCAUAACCUGUUAACACGAUGGAAUACGCGAUGAGAGGCAUAUUUUCGAGGUCCGACAAUUUUGACUGCGAAUGCCCUAGUCUGAUGGCAGAUUACGCAAUUUCGUCACUCAAUGUGUUUCAGAAAUCCAGCACAUACAGUGCAGUUACCGGCAUUAUUCUUAGUCAUUGUUCCACAGCUUUCAUCUCUCCCAUUUCCAUCCGCAAGAUUUAAGACAUUUGUCAGCAGACUCGAUCGCCUAUGACCUGCACAUUGCUGGUUGGUUCGUUAAGGCUGGGUCAUUCGGUCGCCUACACACACUCACUGUUAAAUUACAUGCACACUAGUAUUCACUGAUUGGUUACGACCGCGAUCGGGUAACUCCCACCACCCAGCAGUGGACAUUUCGUGACCCUCCUGGGUGCCAAUGAUUGGCUCAGGAUAGCACCCGGUAGUGCUUUCAUAUCUAGAACGCCCUGAACUAUUCCAUCUUCCAUGUCGCGGUAUUUAUUUUCUUCCCUAAUCCAUCCAAUUGCAUAGGACACAUCGCAUUGCCACCAUUGUGUGCGUCGCUCGGAGUCGGUAAGAAACAAACAGGGUACUUGAUACGAUCAAGACAGCUUUACUUACAUACGUUACUCAGGCAUGUACAUCGCAGGGAGAACGAGUUCUUCGGCCAUGAGCAAAGAGGGGGAUGAGCAGAACUUCGCCGUCACGCAAGGAGACACACUUAACGACGGGUCAUCCCAGCAUGCUCCCUCAUCUCGCCUCUCCAUCUGCCUGCUCACUCGGUUUUUGGGCAGAUCUGGCUGCAAAGUCGAGACAAACUCUCUUCGGAGCUCGUGCUUUUACGGAAAACCGCUUAAGGAGAGAUGUUGAGUGGAUGCAUAUUCUGUCCCUCGGACUCAAGAUGUAGAGAUUAGCAUGGCACUGGGACAUGACCAACCGGACAAGGAGUUCUCAGUGAUUCAUGGGAAAGUUCGGUCGUUCGCACAGUGACACUCUCCCUUAGACCUUUCAGGACAACCUGCUGACACCCGGACAGCUGUAAAAAUGAUAUCCAGGUUCCAUCUCAUGCCACUGGACUAAUAUAGCAAAGUCUGUAGCAUCAAACGAUUUGCCCCUACUCGCAUGUUGCGAAACCCUCAUAAAAAUUUCAAAAGCCUAUACUGUCUGGACUAAAUGCUGUCGUUUUUUAAUUUUAAUUUCUUUUCGCGAGUACGUAAGGCACUUUUAUCACAUCGUCGCGGUGACUCAGUCACCGGUUGUUAAUGUUAACCGAAUAGUGAGGUGGCUAGAGAUGGCGGGCGUUAUGAUCGUCUGUUUACCUGUUAUCUCUCUCUCUCUGAGGUCAUGGGUGAGCUUAAUAGUUUACACAGCUCUCCUAACUACCGUUCGGACCACAUUUUCCGGACACGGGGAGUAGGACUCAGACCAACGGAACCUUUAAAAUUCCAUAAUCUCGGCUAACAGCUAAGAUGCGAGUAAGCCAUAUGAAUGAUUUAUGCAUAUAUGCGGACGACUUUUGUUCCUGGUCUCGGUUCCUACUCAUCUCGACUUACUGUUCUUGCACUGAAGCUAAAUCACUUUGUCCACCUUGUGGUGACGAUGUGAUGUUUGGCAGCAAGCUGAAUUCCUUCGGCGAACUGACAAGGUUUAAUGAGGGAUACGUAGUCUUUGGAAAUGUCGGCGAAUAGCGAACCUAGAAUAGUCAAGUGGAUGUUGACCGAAUGUUCACAGGUGAUGGUACCAAGUGUGAAUAGUUUUGGUUGUGGCAUCGGCGAGUUUACGAUGUUUCAAGCGGACUGCAAGGCCAAAAUAUGACAGGAAAUCUGCCCCGAUAGCUGAUGUUUGAACCUCCGACUGGACACAGGCCCAUUGAGAACUUCACCGUAGGCCGAUAUGGAGAGUGAUGGACCGUUGUCCGUUAGUGCUGAUAGUGGUGCUGUUAGCAGACUGCAAUGGAAAUUGGGAAGCCUUGGGCCCAGGUAGUGACGUCUAGGAGGCGAAAUGACGUCAACCUCAAUAGCGGUAUCGGCCGCCCAACUUGUCACCGAUGUAGAAGAGGAGACUACUCGGCGGCUUUUUUCACUAUUACUGGCUGGCGGUCGUCUAAGCGUUGUGGCGAUUUUUGGAAUGCGCAUGGCGGAAUAUACUAACGUGCUUUUGGACCGUAGGUGCGAUGGCAUUGGCACAAGCUCCAGUUAAAAAGUUAGUGUUAAUGAAGUAUACUGCAGCCUGUCAUGUCUAGGCUGCAGGUAGCAGUGGGUGUGGAGGCACCGCCGGCUACCUUGUGACGGCUUUCCAUGUAACUGCGUGGAUUAUUCAUCUUACGAUUCCCCUGCUAGUGUGUUGAUCCAGAGAGCCGUCUGGUGUCUCGUAAGUGUGCGGUGACCAAGCAUACUCGGAGGGGACAAUUGCCUCAAGGACACACGCUCCACCAAGCUGUCGACCUGUUCGAGUCGCGAAAAUGAGCUUCUGGUCGAGGCCACUGAGACUGGAUAUGCGGAGAACACUUUUGUAUAUUCGGAUGCAGUCAUUCGCUCGCUGCUAAGGCUUGGCAGCCCGGCGAUGUCGACGUCAGUUGGGUCCUCGUCGAUCAGAGGGACAAUGUCAGAUACCAGCUGCAGUUAAAGAAGAACGGUGUUCAGGUUGACGACCUUCUAGCAAUGGACAGGUGGCACUGUAAGUGUUGUAACGUUUCUGCCUAGUUCCCAUCGUCCCAUCUUGAAUUUUUGACGCUGUACUUUGUAAUUGUUCUUUAUUAGUGAGUCUAACGUCCCACGUUAUGCUUCUUUCAAUGGUUGAUUUUUCCUAGCAUUUUUGAAACGCUUACGGAUCGCGCCAACUGUCUGCAGCCGGUUCCUUUCAAGAAAUUACUUUGAGUGAAAACGUAGUAACCGACUGUCGUGUCUAUCACGCAGUAGUAAGAUUAACAGCAUUAGGCGGCUCCUGGAGCUUACUUGUCAACCGGUGCCGACUUGAUUAGUUUUUCUUUCGUGUAUGUAAUUCACUCAACGGUUUUUAUACACCCCCUUCCGCUUAUAAUAUUUCAAGUUUUGACGGAACACCCAUAUGAGGCUGGGGAGUUUAAAACUACAGUAAGUCGUUCUAGGUAAACGGGGCUAUUUUUAUGUAAGGGAACAACAAAGUCGUGAUGGGUUACUGUACCGACACUAUAGUUAUAAACGUGGGUACUGUCCGUUGACUAAUACUGAGUAGUCCACCACAGGCGCCAACUUAAGACCCAGGCAUGUGUUUUGGCCGGUUUCGUACUGCUGCAUGACGCAGCUGCGAGGAUUUCGGCUGAUCGGUGGGGCCCCAGCGCUCUGCUUGAGCUUUGUGGUUGAUGCUCCAGUUGUGAACUGUCAGCUAUUUAGUUUUCUCGUCGAUUGAUGCGUUAAAUUAUGGCAAACUCAUUUUGACGCCAUUCCGUCUGUCAUAAACUUAAGUUGCCAACUGUUGGCUUCGUUGGUCUUUUGUAACGGCAGACUAUCUGUACAAGACUUGUCGUCGUCUGUCUUUCGAAAUGCAAGCUAUCCAGACAACAGGAGGGAACGUGGGCGAUUAAGUUUUAAAUCAGAGCCCCGACUUGUCAAUUUAAAACUUGUUUUCUUUAUUUUUGUGAAUGACAAGAUCGCGAUUACAGUUGAGCUUGUCAAAGCCAUUUCGGCCUGGCAGGGUUAUCUGCAUGGACACCUUUCCAGAGCCUGCUCUCAGUCAUUUGUUUUCCGCAUUUUCCAGACGCCAAGUCCAUCGCAUUGGUCUACGAAACAUUUGCUAAGGUCUACCCGGUGUUCCGCAAUUUCCGAAAACUUUCUUGA